AUGGGAGAUUUGAAUAUUUUAGAAAAAGAAAAUAAGAAGAAGAAAAAAAAAAAGAAAUUACGGAGUUCUAAUAAAAACAAUGAGAAAAAAAACAAAGAUAAAAAUAAAAUAUGUGAAAAAGAAUUUGUGCAAUCAUAUAAGGAACAAAUAGAAGAAAUCGUGGCACUUAAUCAUAUUUAUUUCCCAAUAUAUGUGGAAAAUCCAGGGCAUAUAAAAAAAUAUGACAUACCAAAUGAUUUAAUGAGUGAUGACAUUUUUUUAAAAAAUAGUAAAGAGCUGGAAUCAGUUGUUGUUAUUGAUAUGAAUGAUGAAAUAGACACAGCUAGAUGUUUUAAGUUUUGUAUAUUUUUUAAUUUUGAUAAUGAUUUUCCAAAUUAUAAAGUAACAUUUUGUUAUGAUAAUAAAUAUCCGUAUUCAUUUCCCAACAUAAAUAUAUGUAUAAAUAGAAUAUUAGGAGAACAGGAAAUAAAUUUCAUAAUUUUAAGCAUAAAAAAAAUAUGCGCAAAAAAUUAUGGUAGAAUUAUGUUAUUUGAUGUUUGCAUAUUUUUAAAUGAGCAUAUAAAUAAAGUAUAUAAUGAUGGAUUUAAAAAUUUAUGGGAAGAAAUGAAACAUCGAGAAUUUGAUAUUGACAAAGAAGGAAAAAAGAAAGGAAAUUAUAAUAGUGAAAAAAAAGAAAAAAAUAAUGAAAAUAAUAUUGACACUAACAGUGAUAGCAACAAUGAAAAUAAUAGUAACAGCAAAAAUUGUAGCAAUAAUUAUGAUGAAGAAGAAAUAUUUGAAGCUAGCGAUGAAUGGGAUAGGACAGGUAUUGUAGAAGAAAAUAUGAACAUGUCAGGCAAUGAAAAUGAAAUAACAAAAUCAAUAAAAAAUAAUAAUAGUAAUAAAAGGUAUUCCAUAAAUAAAGAUAGUAGUAAUGAUAUAAAAAAUUAUUUAGAACAAGAUGAAAAUGAAAAUAAUACAUUAUAUGGAACAUAUGAAUAUUUUAUAAAUAUGUCUGAUGCGAACAAAUUGUCUGGAUUUUCUUUUAUUAAUAGCUACACAUUAAAUAAAAAUAUAAAAGUUAGUAAAAAAAAAAAAAAUAAAGAAAAGGUAAAUAAUGCUGUAACAGUAGAAGAUGAAUUAAUUCAAAAUUAUGAUCUUGAAAUUUUCGAAAAAAAUAGAAUGAUAAAAUGUGAAUAUAAUAAUAUAAAAAAUUUUAAUAUUAUUAAAAAAAUACCCAUAGGUUAUUAUAAAAAUACGCUUAUAGCUAAACAUAUUAUAGACACAAACAUAUAUAUAAUACACACAUAUACAAUUUUAAAUGAAAUUCAAUUUUUAGCAUUUUAUCUAAAUCACAUAUUAUUCUGUAAUAGAGGGUUUAAUUUGUUUUGCAACCUCUUAAAUGUCGAAACUGAAAAUCAGAAAAAAAAGCAACAACGAAAAAAAUGUAAAAAAAAUGAAAAAAUGUUUAGAGGAUUUCUAUACGAUCUUGGUAUCAUAAAAAAUGUGUCUCGUAAUGAAGAGGAAGAAAUUUCUAAUCCAGAAACUAUUGACAAUGCUUAUAAUAUUGAUAGGGAUGAUUUUUUUAAUCAAAAUUUUCGAAAUAUUAAAACUCAAAAUAGUGAGUUCAACAAUAACGAAAACAAAAAUGAGCCAAAAGGGAUUCCUGAAGGUUCUUACACUGAAAUGCGCAGCAAAGGAUAUAGCAACUUAUACAACUAUGAUAAAAAUAAAAAAAAAAAUAAUAAAAUAAUUGAUUACAGCUGUGUUAAUUAUUUUUGUAGUGAAUAUCAAUUUUAUGCAAAUAAAAUGUGUGUUGUUAAUAAACAAAACGAAAAGACACUAUAUGACAUUUUAAAAGAAUUAAAUAUUUCUCGAUUAAAAGAAAUUAUUAAUCAUUAUAAAAUGGUUCAAAAAAUGAAUUUAAAAAAAAUAAUUACUGAGCUAGCUAAAUUAUCAAAAAUACAACAUAAAUAUUUAUUUCGAUAUCAUAUUUCAUGGUUAGAAAAAGAGUAUGUUCAAGAAAAUGACAAAAUAACACAACAAAGUAGUGCUCCAAAAAUAAUCGAUUUUAUGACAGAUUUUGUUUUAGCAGCAGUUGGUGAAUUUUCUGAUGUGUACAAAAAAGAAAGCGCAUUUGCAAGUCAUAAGAAAUGUAUUCCAAAUAAAAAUGCAGGAAAAGACGGAGAAAAUAUGACUGUUAAUGUAGAAAAUGUAGUAGAUGACAAAGACUCAUGUGGUAAUUCUUCAUCUACAAGCAUGAAAAAUCAAAGUAAAAAAGCUAAACGAAAUAAAAAAAAUAAAAACUUGUCAACUUUAAGAAAAAAUGACGAGGACAAUACAGCUAUCGCUAACAAUGACAAUACAUCUAUCGAUAACGACGAGAAUAGUAAUAAUUAUACGGAAAAGCAAAGUGAUAAUGAAGAUACAAGUACAGAGAUAAACAACUUAGACAAAAUAAAAUAUAUAGAAAAUUUGAUAAGCAAAAAAGAGAAGAAUAUAUAUAAAGUUUUAUAUGUCCAAUGUGAAUAUUGUAAAGGACAAUUAUUAGAAAAAGAGAUUGAAAAUAAUUUGUUUCAAAACAAUAAAUAUCUUAUAUGGAAUAUUUUUCGACAAAUUUUAGAAGCCAUAAAUUAUUUACACAAAGAAAAAAUAUAUAUCAAAAAUUUAAACACAAAAAAUAUGUACAUAGAUAAUGAUGAAUAUGGGUCUCAUAUAAAAAUUAUAAAUUAUAGUGUAACAAAUAUUAUCGAUUAUAUUUAUUUUUAUUAUUAUUCUUAUCUUGAAAAUCCUGACUAUUUUAAUGCCAUUUUUUGUGACUUUAAAAAGUAUAGUUAUGAUAAAUUUAAUUUUAAAUCACUUUUUAAUUAUAUGAAAAAGAUAAAAAAUGAAAACACCUUACCAAAUGAUGGUAGUAAUAAUACUAGUAAAAAAAGUGUAGAUUGUGAAAGAUAUGAAACAAAUGAUUUUUACAUACACUCAUAUAAUCAAUACUUUUAUAGCUUGCUAAAUAAAAAAAAUCCAAGUUUCGAAGAGUUAGAUAUAUUUUCAUUAGGUUUAAUAUUAUAUGAAUUAUGGCAUCCACCUUUUAAAACAAAAGAAGAAAAAUUUUAUAACAUAAAAAAUAUGAUUGAAAAGAGAAAAUUUUCAGACCAUUUCAUUAAAAAUAUAAAUAAUGAUGCUCUCAAAGUUUUAAAAUUUAUUUUAAUUAAUACAAUAAAUUAUGAUAAUAAUGAAACUGCUAAGAGUUUAGAGUACCCACAAAUUUUAUCUCUAAAUAUGAAUGGCUACAAAAAGGAUAGACAAGGAAAAGGACUUUCAAAAACGAAAAGUUUAAGAAAAAAUAAUGAAAAUUUAUUACCCCAAACAAAUUAUAUUAACAAUAAAAAUGGUAGCAAAAAGGAAGACAAGUUAAAAAAUAAUUUUAAUGAAACACAGAAAAAGGAUGAUCUAAAUAUAGUUAGCAAUUUUCAUCUUGCUCAAAAUGAUGAUAAUAAAAAUAAUGCAAGUGUGGCAAAUGAAAAAUGGGUCAUUGAAAAGGGUCGUAACUUAUCAUAUAAAAUAAAAAAAAAACGGAAUACGGAACCAAAUAAUAUUUUAAACUUUAUAAAUGGAAGUAACUAUUUUAAAACUCCACAAGGUGAUGAUAAACAAAGUAGUAAAAUAGGGGAAAGUGAAACUGUAGAAAAAAUAACAGCAGAAAGACUUUUAAACUCUCCUUUAAUACCUAUGGUAGUUCAAAGAGAUUUAUUUAAAUAUUUUUUAGAGAAACUCAAAAAUAAUUCAGCUAUCGAAUGUAAUAAUGUUAUAAAUAGUCUAUUAUAUAAUACUAACAAUUGUAAUAAUAAAAAUAGUAACAUGAUUAAUCAUAUAGUUAGUAAAAAACAUUCUUUCGAAACAAAUAAGAAUGCAGACAUUUAUACAAAUAUAAGGACAUAUGAAUAUGAUAUUAUUAAUAGUUAUAUUUUUGAAUAUUUCAAUGAUUGCUUGUCUAAAAAGUUUUGUACAUAUAAUCAACCAUUAGUUUUUCAACGUACAUUAAAAAGAGACAAUACACAUUUUGAUAAUAUUAUAAAAAAAAUAGAAUUACAAAAUGUAAAAAAACCCUAUAUAUAUACAAAAAAGAUAGAAAAAAAUGGAAAUAAAUUAUUUUAUAAUAAUUAUGAAAAAACAAAAAUUAAGAAAAAAAUAUACAAUGAUAGUCUCGAUUCAGUAUCAAAAGGAAUCAUAUCCAAAAAAAAAAAAAAAAAAAAAAAAAAUGAACAUAUUAAUAAUUCAUUUGAUGAGCAUAGAUUGAAAAAUAAUCUUGUCUUAAAAACAAAAGAUAUUAAACGUGUGUCUAAAAAUGGAAAGAAAAAUUUAGGUGACACUGAUCAGGAAUAUAAAGAAGAUGAGCAUUGUAAUUCCUUUACAACUGAAAAGAAAAAAAAUGAAAAUUAUUCUGAUCAAAUAGUCUAUGAAAUUUCAAACAGAUUUAACAAAAAAAUUGAACUAAUUGAUAAAAAUAAUAAACUAUUAUAUAUGCCAAUAUAUUUAUCAGAAGGAUACAUAAAUACUUUACAUAACUUUCCUAAUAAUAAAAAUAUUGUCAGUUCUUUUAUUUUUUUUCAAAACUAUUUUAUUCAAAAUAAUGAACAAAAAAUUGUAAAAAGAGAAAAUAGUAUAUUAUAUACUAACAUGAUAGUAGAUAAUGGGCAUACUAUUGGAGCUAGCCAAAAUGUCAAAGCUCAAGUUUUUUUUAAAGACCCUAAAAUGAAAGGUGUAAAUAAUAAUACAAAUGAAAACGAAGAAAAUAAUAACAUGAAUAACAACAUAAGUAGUGGGGAUAUAUGCUCAGACAUUAACAUAUUUUUUUGUAUAUAUCAAUUAAUUAUAUUAUAUAACGUACUUGAUAUUCUUCAACAUUUUGAACGUUAUAUAAAUAAAAUAAUUGUACGAUGGUCCUUCUCUAAUUUCCUUUUUAUUAUUAUUAAAGAUAUGCUAUCAAUAGAAUGUAAUGAUAAAGUUUAUUAUAUUUACACUAAAAUGGAAGAAGGAAAUAUGUCUUAUAAAGACUUAAAAAAUUUACUUCGUUUUCUUGAUAUAAAUUAUAAUGAGCAAAUACUAAAAAUUAUGUAUUCCCUAAUACAUGUUAGAGACAAUAAAAAUAUUCAUAACAUAUCUAAAGACAGUUUAUUAAUUAAAAUGGAAAAAAUAAAUAAAAUGUAUGGACUAAAAGAUCAUAAAAAUAAAUCAUAUAUUAAUUAUCUUAUAACUAAUAUAAUUUUUUUAAAUAAUCUUUUAUAUCACUUUAAUAAAAAUUCAAAUUAUAUUUUUGUUUGGGAUUUUUUUACAAAUAAAUAUAAGGAAAUAUUUAACUUUUCUUUCAUAUUUAAUAUUUUAUCAUAUCAUGAAAAUGAACAAAAACUAUUAUCAUUUGGUGGAAACAUUCCCAAGUCUAUCAACGAGAGUAGUGGUGCCAUCGACUUUCACUCUCCUUGUGUUGUCAUCACCACGAAGGCAUACAAAUUGUUAGUUCAUGCCUUUUCGCUAUACAACAAUUUGAUACACAACAACAUCAAGUGUGAGUGCAAGAUAUCGCCAAUCGUUGAAACCUCGAAGUUUGAGCAGGAGUUACUAAAAUACAGUCACAUAAAUAUGCAUGUACAAAUAAAUCAUAAGAUAAAUACAAAUCCUAUUGUAACUUCAGAUCAUUGUGAAAAUGUAUCAGAAAAUGUAGAGAAAAAUAUGACUGGAAUAAAUAACAUGAGUAUUAUAUAUAGUACCCAUAUUUUAAGAUUAAAUAUUAAAAAGAAUUUUGAAAAUGAAUUAUCAGUAAUAAAUUACACAAAACAGUUAUAUUCAAAACGAUGA